CUCUCGCUACGUUUUGUUGGGUGCUAUUAUGGAGUGGUGCAAUGAGAUAGCGCGCUUGAAGUGAAUGGUCAUUCGAAGACGAGGACAGCUGUGUCGUGGCAAUCCGAUGGUGGAUGCCUGUGCAAGUAAACAGCGUCACCUUUUGACUGGGCAAGCUUAUCGUUGCAAUGUGUGUUCAAUGCGAGAUAAAGCGGGUGGAGUCAAUAUGGGUUCUGUGUGGAAGCGAUUGCAGCGGGUCAACAAACAUGCGGCCCGUUUUCAUUUUGUGGGCAUCUGCCGGGAGUUGGAAGUGAGAGCCACGAAAAAAUGGAAUCCAAGUCGUCUCAGUGUCGUCUUCACGCGACGAAGCAGACGAUAUGCCACUACACCACUUCCGUGGAUCAACUCGAUCAAAGAGCCAUACCGGGGAAUGGUGCUGUGGGACAUACCAGAGAAUAUUGAAACAACUGUUACUCUUUUCAAGGAUCCUCGAACUAAUGAAUACGAAGAUAAAGAAUGGCAGCUAGUUAUCGAAGAUGUUACUGAAAAAACUGGAAAACGAAAACAGGUUGCAACUUGCGCUAUAAAUAUGAAGGAGUUUGCCAGAGCGGAGCCAUCUCAGUUCGAUCUGCGAUUGAAAUUUAGGCCACUGUCGGUAAAAUGCGGCGGGGCCGAACUUGUCCUCAGGAUACACUCAAAUUUUUUACGGGAAGGAAAAGCUACGGACGAAGAUAUGCAAUCGGUGGCUUCCCUGAUGUCGCUUCCUGGCCCAGUCGACGUAGCAAAUUUAGACGAUUUUGAUGAGCUGCCUUCGUCUCCAGGCUCAAAAACGACUGCCACUGGCUUUCUGGGAACGGCAGCUCAAGGUGUCCAGGAGGUACAACAGCGGAUAUUCGAGCUUACCGGCAAGUUGAAUGAAUUAGUAGAAAAUACCGAUACUAAAAGCUCUGUUCAGCUUGAUGACCAAUGCGGUAACGACACGAGCACCGAAAAAGUUUCGAAGGAAAUUACCAAAAUGGAGCCAGGCAAAGCAAAUACACCCGAAGAGCUUUGGAAAAGUUCGGGGGGUGACGAUUUGGAGCAACCGGGACCCAGCCAACAGCUGGAAAUCAGACCUGAAGGUUCAACAGAGCAACACCAAAAGUGUUCGGACAAUACAAAGACCCCUCUACAAGAAGACGACAUGACUGGCGACGAAGUGCUGCGUUGGUGCCAGCAGGUUACUCAAGGCUAUCCAAGUGUGACCAUCACAAAUAUGACGACGUCGUGGCGCAACGGACUAGCGUUCUGUGCAGUCAUACACAGCUUUAGACCUGAUCUCAUCGAUUUCAACAGUCUUUCACCAUAUGACAUCAAAGGCAAUUGCAAAAAGGCGUUUGAUGCAGCGGCAGAGUUAGGAAUACCUCGCCUGAUCGACCCCACAGAUAUGGUGAUACUCAAUGUGCCAGAUAAGCUGGUUGUCAUGACCUACCUAUAUCAGCUAAAAGCUCACUUCACGGGAGAAGAAGUACAAAUUAAACGAAUUGGAACAACUGCGGCUGAUUCAAUGUACAUCCUCGUCAGGCAACCGUCGUCGAUCGAAGAAGAAGGGGCUGAUUAUGAUAGUGAAGAAGAUUUAGCUGAAGAGCCACCUAGUCCGCCGUUGCGUGUGAUUCAAUUACCAAAAUUUGUGCGCGCUGCGGAUAAGAUGGCGGACCUCAAGUUCAAACUUAAUGCGCCGCCCAAACCUCCUCAUAGAGAAAGGCGUAGCGAAAGAAAAGAGAACGUAGUUAACAACCGGUGUGGGAAUAACACCGACGAGCAAGCGAACAAAUUUACUGAAACCGAAAGCCAUGAUCGUAAAGCUAACCGGACAGUCACUAUUAGACGGACCAUUGAGCCCAAGCUGAAGGCGUUCGACUCCGACAGCGAGUCAGAGAAGUGCGCUACCCCUCAAGAGGCAGAAACGAGUCCUGGCAGUCCACUGGCCGACAACUCGGUCGUCACCGGUAGCAAAACAGAACUUAGCAGAUCGCCCAUAGCUCCGCCGCGGUCAUUGUCGCUUCCGAAUGGAUGUUCCGAUAUCGCAAAGCGUCCAGAGAAUCGUCAGGAAGAACUGAGAAGACGCGCCCAGCAGCUCCUCGAAGAUGCUAAGAAGCAAUCUCGCAAUAGUACGCAACUUUACAUGAUGAGCACCAGCGUCUCCGAUCAGCAACUGACCGAGGCCGAAAUUAAGCGACGUGAACACCUGCGCGAUCGCGCGCGCCGUCUGAUCGCCGAGGUGAAACAAGGCCUUACGCCAGCCUUAGACCCGGGCCCAGGUGAACCUCAGCCGGGUGUUCCACUGUUUAACUCAGCUUUUUCCCCGGCCAGACCUAACGCCAGAGUGAACAUUAACGAAACCCGUUGUGGAUCUUCCUCAUUGUCAAUUUGAUCGGCUCAAAUCAAUGUCAACUGCGUACCAAAUAUAUCCGAGGAUUUCUACAACUAAUUAAUACAGACACGCAUGCACAGAGCGACUCAUUAAAAUCGACAGCGAACAGGUCCGAAGCUACGUGCGGCUCUGCCAAUUUACCAUAUGUUUUUUGCUCUAUGGCACCGGCAAUGAAUAUGCGAAAGCUAUCAAAGACACUUACGACAGCUUCUGCGGUGUUAAGUCGUAGGCCACAUAUGGUAGCGAAGGCGCUCGUUUGGGAUUCUACUGGCGGAAAAUAAACCAAUUGUUCCACAUUUUGAACUAACUAGUUGUAAAAAUAUGGAACUUCAUACUAAAUUAUUUUAGUAUGUACUCGUCAUUACUUCGUAUAGCAUUCUCCUCGCAUAUUUCGUCUCGCUCGUUAGUUGUCUGAUGCUGGAGGGAUACGUCCGGUCUUCCAGAUCCUCCUCGUUACCGGACAAGACCUAUUGGUUGAAUUUUUUCUUUUAGAUAGCGUUGUUCAUUCAAUGUAAUUAGACCAUGUACACAUCUUUGUAUAUUGCCUUAUUUUUCUAAAGCAUUUCUUCCACGCAAACAUCUAACAAGAUUUGAGAAAAUCCGUGAGAAUCCAAGAAUUCCGUGAGAAAAUCUGGAAUUUUCUCACGGAAAUCUUGUUUAGCCUGAGGAUUAAGCGUACUUGCAUGCUGCGUGCUACGGAUGUCCAAACGGUACGUUCGGAAGACGUAGAAAUUUCUACGUACCUCGUAGAAGCUUCACUUUGGCACCGUCCAGCCGUGAUGCACUCAGACCGAAGGACUGCUAUAUGUGUGAAGACUAAAUGAUGCAUUUCAGCCAAACGGUGAACUCAACAUUACAAAAGAAACCAAUGAAAUUCAACAAAAAUAUGAAUUCCAUCGCUUACUUUUUUAAUCAAAUUUACUACCAAAUUUAUUAUAGACACCAAUAUUUCGAAGUCAUAGUGAAAACAAUGUGUAUUACUCCUCUUUUGAAAUGCGGAACUAAUCAUACCUUUGUCUACUUCAUAUCGACGUAGAGGCAGCGUUUUUUUUCAUCUAUAUUAAUUCUGUGCAGAAAUUUGUCAUUGUGACUUAGUGUUGCCGCGUCGUGCUGACAUUGGCCACAAAUACUUCAGCGAUAAGUCUGCAGUUGUUCGAAGGGCGCUCUUUAAGAUGAGAAAUUAUUUUUUAUACUUUGAAAUGAAACUUUUUGUAUCACAUGAGGGAAUUAAAAUAGGCAUGUGAGGAGCUUUUGCGAGCGGGAUAUAGAGGUAAACAAAUUAUCAGGUAAAUUUUAAAAGCAACGACUCUUUCUUUUCGACCGUCACAGUAUAUGUUUAUAGUAUUGCUGGACUCAUGUUCAACGUCUUUUCGAUUAACAGCCCGCCAAUGAUAGAGGACAAAGAAAAAUUGCAGUUUAGCACGAAUCUGUGACCCUGAUAAGUAACAGCAUGUUCAGAUAGCUCUUAUCUAGAGCAUUUCCGUAAAAUAUUUCUGUUAUAGAUCGCUAAUGCUUCUACCGGAACAUACGUACGUACACAGUGUUCACGGUCAAUUCAAACACAAUGUAGGAGAUUUCUCAUAGCGGGGAUGUGUGUAAAUAAAAAGCAAUUCCUUUGAGUACGAAACAGUUAUGGCAAAGACAGGAUAUGGGUGACGACCAGCUAUUGUCCAGUGUCGCCUACCGAAGAGAAUCAUAGAGGACACGUUGUCGAUAAUUGCCGAUAAUAAUAAUAAAAACGAUACGGUAAUUCUCCCAGUUGUUCGCAUCCUAACAUACAGAAGAGAUUUCAUUGAAGAGAAGAGAUAUUUGUGAUAGUCUUGAAUUCGCUCGCAGAAGAUAUAUUUGAGAGAAGUUAUCCACGAGCGCCAGUGGCAGACUUUGUCGUUUGAAUUUAUAUACAGUUUAAUUGACUUUUACUUUCUCUGAUCUUUUUUUGGGCCUCUGCUCUAUUGUGUGUGAUCUAUUUAAGGACUAGGUUUCGGCGACUUUACCCGUAGUAACAGCACUUCGGUCGCGGUUCCUAGUAAAAAGUUAUUUGCUUAAAGGGAGUGAAGUUUUGCAAAUUAGUUUUAAGAAGUUCAGGCUUUACAGUAAAGCCAUAAUCGGAACAAAUCGUACUUACAUUGAAUAAAAACGUCUGUUACGCUUUUUCGAUACGUGUGAAUUGUCGUCCAAGUCGCAAUGUAUCUACAUCGCACUGUGUGUAGCAGGAUAUGUUCGCUGUAAUGGUAACCGAUUUCUGCAUUAUGUCACUUCUUCUCUGAUCGUCCUCAGCCACCCUUUACUAAUACGCUUCUCAUCGCAAAUCAAGUCCGGCGAAGCCCUUCUUCGCAGUAUGUUCUGCGUCUCCAUGUCUGCGGCCACCGUCACUACUAGAAUAAGGGCUGAAGCUCAGCUUUUCCCCAGAGUCGCACAGCAGAACGUGCUUUCGCUUUGCCGCUAACUCAGCUAAGAGCUUCUUAUAAUGGGGAUACUUAGCCACGUUAUGGUAGCAAUAGCGUUGCUUUAUUUGUUGCCGUCGGCUACUCUAAGGAUGCUGCUGUGGCUGUUAUCCUAAAUGAGCCUAGAAUAGGCCACUGGAAGGGCAUGCUGGGUGUAAGACUACGUACAGAGGAACCGGAUAGCACGACAACAGACGACUCCCUAGUACAGAAAGCACACACGAAAUUCUUGUCGUCCUAAAGGAGGCAGGAGUUAGGGGUGUCGCCAGGAUAGUGUUGUUUUGUUGUUUGAUGACUCAUCAAGAGAGUGGUCUCCCAGGCGGCCUAUUCAAGCUAUGUGGUGCCUGGCAAUGGGAAUCACCACGCUGGCAAGCCUGAACAGUUAAAAACAACUUUGCAGGGUCUUCUGCCUACGCUUCGAACUUAACCUAAAAACUAUUCAAAUCUGUGAAAGUGUCUCGCAUUUCUAGGAGUGCCUUUCUUAUAAUCCCUAGUUUAAACUUAAUCGUAUGUUCUGCGUUACGUUUUAGCUCCGUCCGAAAUUAACGGCAAUUCAAGUCGAAGUUCCAGCAAAGAGCGCAGCGUUAGUCGGACCUCGAGCAGGGUAAGCGAACAUUGUU